CUUUGACAGAGGUAUGAUGUCAGAAAGGAGAGGUGGGAUUUGAACACUUCACACAACUUCUUCAGAGGGAUUUAAAGUCUCACUGUUCACUUUAAAACCAGAAGACACUGCAGCACUCACAGUAAACGCAUCUCUUCCUGCUGACAGGUGGGAUGGCUGCUGAUAACAUCACCCAGAUCUCUGCCUCCAACUCCCUGAACCGGAGCGGCUGCGACGUGUUUGUGUACCAGAGAGCAGCGGUGGUCCUUUUCCCCAUUUUCUAUUCUGUGGUUUUCCUGAUCAGCGUGUGCGGCAACAGCCUGGUUCUCUAUGUGAUCUGCCAGAGGAAGCACAAGUUCAACUCCACCUCCAUCUACCUGGUCAACCUCGCGCUCUCCGACACCCUCUUCACACUGGCGCUGCCAGGCAGGAUCACUUACUACAUCCGUCACUUUGACUGGCCCUUCGGGGACUUUCUCUGCCGACUGACCACGCUUCUCUUCUUCGCAAACACCUAUGCAGGUAUUGGUUUCAUGACCUGCAUCAGCUUGGACAGGUAUCUGGCCAUGGUGCAUCCUCACCAGCUGCAGUGUUUACGCAGCGCGAGGGUGGUCCGCAGGGUCUGCUGCCUGGUCUGGGCUCUGGUCUCUCUGCAGACAGCUCCCCUGAUGUUCCGCAGCCUGCUGCGCGAGCACCAGGGGAGACGAACCUGCAUGGAGUACUUCACCUUCGAAGGCUCCAGCUCCACUCCUUAUCUCCUGCUCCUGGCCUGCGCCGUCUCCUUCUGCUGCCCCCUCGCCAUCAUCCUGGGCUGCUACGCCAAGAUCAACCUGAAGCUUCGAGCGGCGGCCAGGCAGAGCACGGUGACCGGCCGAUCAAGGAGGAACCACAGGGCCAACACCAUCAUCCUCGUCAUCCUCCUCACCUUCAUCACGUGCUUCAGCCCGUACCACCUCAACGUCAUGCAGUUCAUGUCCAGAACGAUCAACCACCAGCCGAGCUGUGAGGAACUGAGGGCCUUUAAGAUCUCCUUACAGAUGACGGUUUCACUGAUGAAUCUCAACUGCUGCUUGGAUCCAGUCAUCUACUUCUUUGCCAUCAAGACCUACAAGAAGCGGGUGAUGAGUCUCUUUAAGGACUAUCUUUAUACUUCCGGUGCCUCCACAAAAAUGACUGCUGAAAACAGCAGCAGCAACACCUGAACGAAACCACAGCCGGGUGCUAUAGAGAUGUGCCAACAAACAGUGUCACAGAGAAGAUUCUCGUUUACUCUGCUACUCUCGUUUUCACACUUUGGAAAUAACAGUUGCGCAUGUAAAUAUGUGUAGUAGAAAAAAACAGAAGAGACAAAAAAAAAACGUAUGAGCCAAAUGAUGUUUGUUUGAGAAUUCUGUAAGAAAUGUAUCGUUUAUCGAUUGCUUUUUCCUUUUCAUAUGAUCUUAUUCUUGUUUUUCUUACUCAGUGGUAAUAUAGGGCAGCAAAAAAAAGUUUUGAUAAGCAAAGUUUGUGUGAUAAAGACCUCUUUUCUUGUGCGUGUGUUUUCCAAACCAUGAUUAAUACGUUUACUUUUUUUCUCUUUAUAAAAACGUUGUGGUCAUUAAUGCACAGCAGCUGCUUUCACUUCCUUCAUGAAGAAAAACGAAUACGUGAAGUGGAGUGUGUAAUUGAAUAUAAAUUUACUUUAUAAACUGCACACUUAUGAACGUAAUCUGCUCUCCUACAAUCAAGAAUUUUAUAAGAACAAGAUUUGAACUGUUUACAUUCUGCGAGAAGUUUGCCAGAAUGAGAACACAUCUCUCUUUCUACAGCCACAUCUGAUGUGUGUGUGGGAGUGUGUCGAUAAAUACCAACACCACUUCCUCACCCACCUUUCCUGCUCCCUCUCAUAGGCCUCACUCCUCCUGGCUCCCGCGCCUUGUGGUAGAGCUGUUGCUUAAAGUGUGUGUGUGUGUGGGUGCGUGUGUGUGUGUGGUUGAGCAGGUGCAGGUGCAGGUUGUCUGUUUAUAGUGCAGAUUUCAGCAUUUAAAUUUAACUUCUAUCGUUUCCUGAGUUUCUGGAAAUACUCCCUAUGAUCUUGCAGAAGCAGAAAGGAUUGUGCAUAAAUAGAGCGUCAUGAAGUCGUGUUAAACUGGUUUGAGUGAUAACUGGUGUGUGUUGACGCCAUUGGGCAAUUCAUUUGUCAAGAGCCUGAUCACAAAGACGAGUGAACCCAAGGUCCUUAAAUGUCACUUAUUAAGUCAAUAAGAGAUAAUACUAUAGGAGAGCGGAUGAAAUCUACUAAUACUACUACUACUAGCUGUAAAGGACCCCUGAUUAACUUCGAUUAUAAGUUUCAUCUUAAAAAAAGAUCUGCUUGAUAGUUUAUUGAAUCUAAUUUAGUUUAGAGAUGUUCUGUAUUUUUUCUUCUGUCAAAUUCAAUUCUGCGUUAAAUUGUGUCUUCGUGGCUGCAGGUAGAGAAAGUAUGGAUUUUGGUCUCCGCCAAGGAGGUUACAUUUUCAACCCAGUCUGUUUGUACAUUGAUUGGUUUGCAUGUUUAAUUUGUAAAUAUGGAGCUGAUGAAGAUUACGCAAAAGUUACUGGACGGAUUACAACGUUACUUGGUGGAGGGACGUGUACGAUUUAGGUGAAAGGGAUGUACUGCCAGAAAUACAAACAUAAAAUAAUCCUAGGGAUGUUUUUACUAGUGUGUGAUCAUCUCAAUUGUUUUCUUAACUCUAAAAUCAACUCUUAAUAUUUACAUCAGAAGCGGGUCCUCUCUACGGAGGCCGCCAUGUUUUUUACAGCAGCCCAGACUGGACAAACUAAAAACCUUUUUCAGUUUUUAUGACAAUUUUAGGCUGUCACAGGUUCUCUCUGAUGUUUGGAAGGGAAGGGUGAGGUGAGGGGUAUUCAGCUGCAACAGGCAACUCCCACACCGGAUGUCACUAAAUCCUGCAGACUGAAUGUUGCAUUUCCUCAAUUUCUCAAUUCAAGGAUCUUUAUGAAAAGAAUCAAGCACAUUUAUGUACUGAUAUUUACGAGUGAUGCAAUUUGAUGCAAUAUAAGUAUCAAAGAUCUGUCAUAUAAGAGUAAAGAGCGCUUCUUGUGGUGUUGCUACUUUUACCUUCGGUAAACCAAUCUAUCUGAUAAUAAUCACUUGUUAUCACAACACCUCUAGCCACUACUUCUACUGUAUGUGCAAUAAACUGUUCGUUUUUUUAUAUCUAAUUAUAUACAUUUUAAAUAUUAGAUUUGACUCUUUAGCAUAUUUAAAAUAACACAAAAUUUAGAUUCAGAUGAUAAAAAUGCACUUCUCCUUUAGCUAUUGUAUCUGAUAGAGUUACAUUGUGGUCGGUUGAAGGUGUAGCCGCAGGUCAAAAAGACAGAUAAUCGCUGAGGCUUUAGAGUUUGUCUUCAGAAAUGUCUUGAUUUAAAAGAGAAUUUGCUGCCAUUAAGUGACUGACUGAUUGCAGCACAAGUCUUCAUGUUCACUAAACAGGUGUCAAAUACAAACCUUUGACCUCGUCCCCUCCUCUGUUUACCCCUCUCUGGGUGAUCCUCGAACAGCUGCAGUACACCUCUCUGACCAGAAGAGAGAACUGUUCGUCUGGGAGGAGGUGGUUUUAUAUGAUAAUCAUUAAAAAAGUUAUUGAGGAAAGACGAUGUAUGGUAUUUCAAAUUCACUCACUAAUAAACCUUUAAUUUUACUUUAGGGCUAAAGAACAAUUUAGAACUCAUUUGGCUUAAAUCUAUGAACUUCUUAUGAAGUGGCAACAGCAGCACUAAAUGGAAUAACGGCCACAUGCCAGUGAUUACAACACACCCACUGCUGUACGUGCAGCCAGUUCCCACUGACCCGCUGUGAGAGGUCACUGCAGUCACUUGAACUCAAACAGUUACACUGCAACUGUUUGGGGUUCACACACCAACACAAUGGAUGUUGUAAUCAAAGCAUGAUCAUGAUUUUAAAGUGCUGACAUCUACAGGGCCUCACAUCUGUUUAGCACAAGGCAAAGUUCAACCAACAAAGCCAAAUACCUAGAGCUUAACAAGACUUCAAGUAAAAGAUGAAGUUAAAUAUAAACGGAUUAUUUUAUUAAUUAUUAUAAAAAGGUUGUUCAUAUAAUUUAUGGUUGUUUAAAGUGAUGUUUGAUUUAGUCUGUAAUUGGAUCUUCUGUGUCAUAAAAAAACUUGCAGUAGAAAUUAAAGUUAGCCGUAAGAUGUAAAUUUUUCUGACACAACAUGUUUUUUCUAGAGAUAAAAAGCAGCCGCAGAAGUUUCCUGUACCUCUUAUGCAAUCUAAUCCGAACAGCUUAUUGAAAAAAAACAGAGAGGGCAGCAAUCUUGUAGCAAACUUAUACUUGUACCAUGUUUAGCAGCAGUUGGAUCACUUAUAAUAUGAAACUAGAUAUACAGCUGACAUACAGUACAGGGUAAAGUCUUGAAGUGUGUCUUUGACUUGAAGUCCUGUAGACUACAUCAUGUUAUUGUUUUUUCUCUUUGUCCCGGAAUCUGACGUUUGAAAUAUCAACUUCAUUUUACAUGUUUUGUUAUUGUUGCAACAUGGCUAACCUAAUUGGGAAAUAGAUAUUAAAUGUAAACUCAAAGUCACUCACUCACUCAUCACUCAUCGUCAUCCGCUUAUCCGGGGUCGGGUCGCGGGGGGAGCAGCUCAAGCAGGGGGCCCCAGACUUCCCUUUCCCGGGCCACAUUGACCAGCUCUGACGGGGGGAUCCCGAGGCGUUCCCAGGCCAGUGUUGAGAUAUAAUCUCUCCACCUAGUCCUGGGUCUUCCCCGAGGUCUCCUCCCCACUGGACGUGCCUGAAAAACCUCCCAAGGGAGGCGCCCAGUGGGCAUCCUUACCAGAUGCCCGAACCACCUCACCUCAGCUCAAAGUCAUGAAAGAGAACUUUUAGCCUAAAUGCAUUGGGGGCAUCAUCAUAACACUACUUCAGAAUAUUUUACAUUCAUCCACCUCCCAGAUAAAAAACAAGUGAGAUCAGUGAUAUGAUAACAUACCCCACAAUAGAGCAGUUGAUGUUUAAUCAGGUAAUUUCCUUUCUGAAGAUUUGAUCUCAAAGCCUUCUCUGAACAGGAUGUACCAACAUUGGUGUCAAACGUUUUUUUUUCUGAGAAAUGACAGUUUUUUUUUCAAAAAACCAACCUUCAGUCUUUAGUUCCUGUAUUAUUAUCAUUAUCGAGACUGGGGUCAUUGUGUUUGGACACCCUGAACUGCUGGACCCUCAACUGGCUUUUGGUUCACUUUUUUAAUCUCUUAAUGGACUGGUACCGCCUUAACUAGCUCAAUGUCUCCAUAUGAGAUCAGACCAGUCAGCUGCCCCUGGACUCGCCUAAAAUGAGGCUCAUAACCAGAGAAGACGAGUGGAACAGCUCACCACUCCAUUUUCCAUCUGCCCCCACUCUAUCACACAUCAUUGAUAAAAAUCUAUUUUCUUUGGCCUUCUAUUCGAGUUGGAAACUUUUUUUUCCCUGCAGAGUUUAUUACAUUUGAUUCAUUUUCCUUUUAUUUUGACCAUCGGUAUUUUGAUGUAUUGCGCGGGGCUGUUUUCUUGUUGUUCCUCUUAGUUGUUCUAAAUGUGCUAUAUAAAUAAAAUUGACAUUAUUAA